ACGUAUCAAAAUCUGAGAUUUACCUAAAAUCUUUUUGGCGCUUCUUCACUCAAGAUGGUUCAAUGGUUGAUGAUGAAUCAUGAUUAACAAUCAACAAUACUUCAAAUCGCGGUUACGAUCUGAAGGAAUUCAACACUGUUUAUGAAUUCCUCUGGGUAAUUAGUCAAUUCAAAUCGCGAUUAGCCAUGCCUUCUUCGUCUCCAAAAUCUUUCUACGCUCGACCCACGUCGUUUUCUCCUCGCAGAUCAAAGCUACUAGUCUUAUUACUGAUUGUAUUCGCCGCAAUUUUCGUCGGAUUCCUUGCUUUCUCUAGACGGAGCUUGGCUAAUAAAUGUAUACAGAGUAAACCCACUUCAGUUUCCGUGGUUUGGGAUAGAAGUGGCGGAGGCGGUAGAGAUAGUUAUGGCGUUUCUGAUGGAGAUCGGAAGAGGUAUAAAGUUAUGGCCUUUGUUGGAAUUCAAACUGGAUUUGGAUCUUCCGGACGAAGGCGAUCUUUACGGAAGACAUGGAUGCCAUCUGAUAAGGAUGGUCUUAAGCGGUUGGAAGAUGAGACGGGUUUGGCGUUUAGGUUUGUUAUAGGAAGAACAAAUGAUCAAUCGAAGAUGUCAGAAUUGAGAAGGGAAGUUUCAGAGUAUGAUGACUUCAUGUUGUUGGAUAUUGAGGAGCAGUACAGUAAGCUUCCUUACAAAACGUUGGCUUUCUUCAAAGCUGCUUAUGCACUCUUUGAUUCUGAGUUUUAUGUUAAAGCUGAUGAUGACAUAUAUUUGAGGCCAGAUCGCCUGUCACUACUGUUGGCAAAGGAACGGUCUCACUCUCAAACUUAUAUUGGAUGUAUGAAAAAGGGUCCAGUUUUUACUGACCCAAAACUUAAAUGGUUUGAGCCAUUAUCUUAUUUGCUUGGAAAGGAGUAUUUCCUUCAUGCUUAUGGACCAAUAUAUGCUCUUUCUGCUGAUGUUGUUGCUAGCUUGUCCGCUCUCAGAAAUGACAGUUUUCGGAUGUUCAGCAAUGAAGAUGUGACUAUUGGUGCUUGGAUGCUUGCAAUGAAUGUUAAUCAUGAGAACAUCAAAGAGCUAUGUCAACUACAAUGUACUUCAACAAGUAUUUCUGUAUGGGAUAUCCCCAAGUGUUCAGGUCUAUGUGAACCGGAAAAGAAGAUGCUUGAGCUUCACGCGGAAGAGAUGUGUUCGAAAAGUCCAACUCUUGAACCCGAUGAAUAAUAAAAUAACAUUUCUAUUCAUUUGAAUCUCACUUCAAUAUUUAGUAGGUAACUAAACACAUUGGAUGACAUGUUAGUAAAUUCUAAGAUAUAUUUUUGUUUAAAGUUUCAAUCUUUGGUGGCUGUAUUAGAUGUAAACUUGAUUUUCUUUUUGACUUCAUUAAUCCCAGAGUAAUUUAGGAUGA